GAUUUCAUUGACUUCGAAACUGGAUUACGUCGGCAUCAACAUCAGUUACCCACGGUUCAUCGCACAGAGUGGUUCCAAAUAAAAAUGGAAUUAAUCGUACUAUUUCUGCUUGUAGUCACUGCCAAUGCGGACAGUUCCUCUCGUGUGAGUGGUGGAGUUUCAACUUUACCCGGGCAAUAUCCAGCGGCGGUAAGCAUUGAUUCGCCCUACGUCCUGCACUGCGGAGGGACGGUUUUAGAUCUUCAACAUGUGCUUACCGCAGCUUUCUGUGUUAUGCACCCCACAACAUUUUCCUCGGUGAAUCCUCACUGGUUACGAGUUAUCGCUGGUGAUCUGAAUCUGGUUCCCGUUUCAUACCGCCGGGAAGUUCGAAAAAUAUCGCAAAUAUUUAUCCAUCCGAACUUUAAUAAUGUAACGAAUGACAACGAUUUGGCUGUUCUUCGAUUGGAUAGUCCAUUUCCGGAAUUUCAUAAUACAAUCGAUCCAGCGAUUCUGGCCAUGCCAUUUUCCCCCUACCGAAGUCAGUGCCAGUACGUAGGCUGGGGUGCGGCGACCAGUGGUGACGGUGUUGUUCUAAACCCCACGCAGCGAGUGAUCAACGUUCCGAUCAUAGCGACCGUGGAUUGUAACGUUCCGACUGUGCACAACUAUCGCGUUCUGCCCACGAUGUUUUGCGCUGGAUCCCUCAGCGCAACAGCGGACACCACCUGCCAGGGCAACGUUGGCGGAGGUCUCUACUGUAACGGGCAGCUCGAAGGUGUAUUGAUAUUCGGUUUAGCCUGUGGAUCAGCUAACCAGCCGGGAGUUUAUAUGGACGUCCGUCAAUACCGCGAGUGGAUCUAUUCACAGCUUUACCGCACGGAUAAUCCUGAGCCCAGCUGGAUGCCGUAACCUUUGCUAUUAUGAUAAUUUGUUUUGUCCCACAUAAACUAGGAAUAAUUUAAAAAGAUAAAUAAAAGUUGAUUAUUCCAAUUA